AUGUCAUCACCGUUAAAAGAUACAUUAGUAUUCGAGCCUAUCAAAGUAGGCGAAGUCACUUUAUCAAACAGGAUUGUCAUGUGCCCCACCACUCGAUUUAAAGCUGCAAAAUUUUCAAAUGAAAUACUGCAUCACCUUCCAUCGGAUUUGAUAGCUGAGCAUUAUUCUCAGCGGGCCGAGUACCCUGGAACUUUGUUGGUCACGGAAGCUACUUAUGUGAGUCCACAAGCUGGAGGGUUUGAUCGUGCUCCAGGAAUCUAUACUGAUGAACAGACUAGAGCUUGGAAGAAAGUUGUUGAUGGUGUGCAUGCUAAAAAGAGUUUUAUUUCAUUGCAAGCUUGGUUUUUGGGACGAGUGGCUGACCCAAGGGUUUUGAAAAAGGAAGGGCAGAGAUAUGUGUCUGUGAGUCCAAUUUAUCCUGACUCAAGACAAGAGAAGUUGUCAGAAAAAGCUGGGUUGCCAUUGAUUGAGUUGUCUAUAGAGGAUCUUCAACGAAUCAUUCACCAUGAUUACACCAUUGCUGCCACGAAUGCGAUGGAAGCUGGCUUUGACUUCUUUGAGUUGCAUGGUGCUCAUGGGUAUUUGUUGGACACUUUUUUGCACGAAAAUACAAAUCACAGGACUGACAAGUAUGGUGGCUCUAUUGAAAAUAGAGCACGCUUCAUUUUGGAAUUGGUUGACCAUUUGAGUACAGUUAUCCCACCAUCGAAGUUAGCAAUCAGAUUGUCUCCCUGGGCUGAGCUUAAGGGCGUUGUUGAAGAAGUCAGUCCCAUUCCCCAAUUCUCGUACUUAAUAGCUGAGCUUCAAAAACGUGCAAACAAAGGUAAAUCACUUGGGUAUCUCUCCAUUGUUGAGCCAAGAGUCCAGGGUGUUUUUACUGCCGCGCCGGAAAGUAUCAAAGGUACUAAUGAGUUCGUUGAAAGUGUAUGGAAGGGUGUUACUUUAAGGGCUGGAAAUUAUACUUACGACGCACCUGAGUUUAACCAAAUCAAGAAAGACGUUUCUAAUGGGAGAACCUUGGUUGGGUUUUCUAGGUACUUUACAUCAAACCCCGAUUUGGUUUACAAGUUGAAGAAUGAUCCUUCCAAGUUGGUCAAGUAUGAUAGAAAGUUGUUCUAUCAACCUUUCAACUGGGGUUACAACACGUAUGAUGGGCAGAGCUAUGACGAAGAUGUUGAAAGAAACAGGUAUGCACAAUCCAUUCAGUGA